AUGGAGGAUCCUACGCUGUUUAUUCACUGGUUCUUCAGCUGCUUGUCGCUCCUGAUCAUGGGGGUGCGGCUGAUAUGGAGAAAAGUCGCCAAGCAGAAGUUUGUGCUCGGCGAUUACCUCACAAUGGGCGCUAUUUUGUGCUGUGCUGUGAGACUGGCGCUGAUUCAUGUCGUUCUUACUUGGGGAACGAAUAAUAUUAAACCGAGUCUUAGGGAGAAGAUGGUUUUUACGGAUGAGAUUAUUUAUCGACGGGAGAUUGGGAGUAAAUUCGCCAUUACCAAUCGAGUCUUUUACAAUUCAUUCCUUUGGUUACAGAAGCUCGUGCUACUCGAUGUCUACCGACGACUGCUGCUCAACUUGCGAUAUCAGAAGACGAUUAUGUAUUCUUUUCUUCUCGUUUUCUUCGGUACUUAUGUCGCUGUCCAAGUCACGACUUUCAGCGAGUGCGUGCCAUUUCAUUUGUACUGGCAGGUCGUUCCCGAUCCUGGAACAUGCUCCAAAGCCCAACUACAACUCAUCGUCGUUGGAGUUCUCAACAUCGUCACAGACGUGAUGCUUCUUGCCGUCCCUAUUCCUUUAUUCUUUUCGCUCAAGACCUCAUGGAAGCGCAAACUCAAGCUUUACGUACUCUUCACUCUCGGUAUUUUUAUUGUCGCCAUCACCGUCAUCCGAUUGCCGAUCAACGCCAUGAACAAAGAUAGCCAGGUCAAUCGCACGACAUGGGCUAGCACCGAGCUUCUCACUGCGACAAUUGUCGUCAACGCCCCGACUCUGUAUGGAUUCUGGAAUAAGAAGAAGCAGGGCACUGGAUAUGUUUAUUCCCAUUCGCAGUCCAACGGCACUGGGAUGAGGAGUAGGAAAAAUACGAGAAUAAAUGAUACACUUGGAGACGAUCCUACGACCGAAACAUUCGCUCUCGGUACCGUCCAUCACAGUCGCCAGCCUUCUGAGGGUAUUUUACGGACCCAAGAAAUUACUGUCACAGAAUACAUUGACUCUCGGAAGAAUUCCAAGGGCACGGGUUCACGGACGGACGAGACGGAGGUUGCGUCAAACUCAAGUCAACUGAGCAUCUUGCGGGAUCAAAAAUAG